GGGGCGCGGGGCGCUGGCAGGCAGAAAGGCUAAGACUGCUGCAGCGAACAAAGUCUCUAAGUUGGAGGCGGUCAAGGUCAGUGUCAGGGCAGUAGGGAUGGGCGGAACUCGGGGCGGCGCCGCAGGCCUAGGACAGCGAUGGGCACGCCCUGGCCAGGGCCUCCGCGGCCGCCGGAAGACACGCGGACAGCGGCAGCCCAACAGCACCCAGUUCGAGAUGGGGUCCCAGGUCUCGGUGGAUACGGGAGCUGUGCACGUGGUCAUCGUGGGCGGGGGCUUUGGAGGGAUAGCGGCCGCCAGCCAGCUGCAGGCACAGAACAUCCCCUUCAUGCUGGUGGACAUGAAGGACUCCUUCCACCACAAUGUGGCAGCCCUCCGGGCCUCGGUGGAGAGUGGCUUUGCCAAAAAGACAUUCAUUUCUUACUCAGUGACCUUCAGGGACAACUUCCGACAGGGCAAAGUGAUUGGCAUAGACCUGAAGAACCAUACUGUGUUGCUACAGGGUGGUGAGGCCUUGCCCUUCUCCCAUCUCAUCCUGGCCACAGGCAGCACCGGGCCCUUCCCUGGCAAGUUUAAUGAGGUGUCCUGCCAGGAGGCAGCUAUCCAGGCCUACGAGGACAUGGUGAAGCAGGUGCGCCACACUGACGGAUGUGGGGCAGUGUGGGCAGGCCAGAGCGCUGUGGCUCUGGAGCAGGGGGACUAUCUGGGAGGACCCCAUGGCUGCCAAAACAGCCUGCGAUCAGCGGAGAGCUUAGGAGGGGAGACUCAGGACUCCCCUCUCAACACCUGCGUUGUUUGUUUGUGUUUGUUCCAGGUCACUCUCAUCCACUCCAAAGUACAGUUGGCCGACAAGGAGCUCCUGCCCAGUGUGCGGCAGGAAGUAAAAGAGAUCCUCCUCCGGAAGGGUGUGCAGCUGCUGUUGAGCGAGCGGGUGAGCAACCUGGAGGAACUGCCUCUCAGUGAGUUCCGGGACUACAUCAAGGUGCAGACGGACAAGGGCACGGAGGUGGCCACCAACCUGGUGAUCCUGUGCAACGGGAUCAAGAUCAACAGCUCUGCUUACCACAGUGCCUUUGAGAAUAGACUGGCCAGCAACGGUGCUCUCAAGGUGAACGAGUUCCUCCAGGUGGAAGGGUACAGCAACAUCUACGCCAUCGGCGACUGUGCUGAUAUCAAGGAGCCCAAGAUGGCCUAUCACGCUGGCCUGCAUGCCAACAUUGCUGUGGCCAACAUCGUCAACUCCAUGAAGCAGAGGCCCCUCAAAGCUUACAAGCCAGGUGCACUGACAUUCCUCCUGUCCUUGGGCAGAAAUGACGGCGUGGGCCAGAUCAGUGGCUACUAUGUAGGCCGCCUCAUGGUGCGACUGGCCAAGAGCAGGGACCUCUUCAUCUCCACGAGCUGGAAAACCAUGCGUCAGUCACCACCAUGACAGGGAGGCUGCGUGGGAGUUGAGGUACCACUCGGAGGGGUGACGGACUGACCGACCAAGGACAUCCUCCUGACAGGUGCCAAGAGCAAAAGCUCUUUGGAUCAUGGUGUCAGUUGUGUGCUGGCUGGAAAUACAACUUGUAUAAAGCCCGAAAUGAGAGACGGAGAGUAAAGAGGGAGACAUUAAAAAAGAAAAAAAAAAGCCCUAGAAGAUUCUUUCUGGAUUUGGAAGGUCUGUUUGCAGCUGGGCUAGCUAAAGGGUCUUGGGGAGGCAGAGGAGGCUUUCUGUGCUAUAGGCUUCUGUCUGUGUGUCCAUGUGUGCACACGGAUGCAUAGGGCUUUGGGCUUAGUGUGCAGAGCUCCUGUAGGGCAGACCUGGGCUCCUCUAGCUAGUGUCCUGUCUGUAGUAUAGUAAGUAGAGCCCAUGGCGUGAGACCAACUAAAGAAAGAGUGUUGGCGUGGGGAGAUGGCCUGUACCUUGAGUCCCUCCUCACUUGGGGUGGAGAAGCUCAUAGGUCCCACAGGAAGUAGGUUAAGUAGGGGCCUCAUUAAUAGGGGCCUCAUUUUAUUCUCCCAAACUUAGUAUCUGCACUCUGCUCUCUUUCUUCUCCCCCUUCUCUCCCUUUCUUCCUCC